AUGUCGAUUCGCGAUGAAGAUGCCAAUCAUGGCAACAAGCUGGUUUUUUGUCAUUUCAUGAUGGGCGUUGUGAGCAACCGCCAGAAUGCCAGCGAAUAUGAUGCCGAUAUGAAACGCGCCAAAGAGGCCGGCAUUGAUGCCUUUGCUUUGAACAUCGGCACCGAUUCUUAUACCGAUUUUCAGCUGAACCUUGCUUAUCAAUCUGCCGCCGACAAUGGCAUGAAGGUGUUUAUCUCCUUCGAUUUCAACUGGUACAAUGUCAACCAGGGCAGCGAGGUCGGCAACAAGAUCAAGGAAUUUUCAACCCACCCCGCACAGCUCAUGGUCGAUGGCAAGGUUUUUGUGUCGUCUUUCACCGGCGAUGGUGUCGAUUGUGGUGCAAUGAGAGCUGCAGCUGGCUGCAAUAUCUUCUUCGCGCCAAACUUCCACCCUGGUCAGGGUGAUUUCAAUGAUGUGGACUCUGCCUUGAAUUGGAUGGCAUGGGGGAGUGAUGGAUACAAUAAGGCUCCGACUGCUGAGCGGACGGUGUCUGUUAUGGAUGGUGAUGCCGCGUACCACGCGGUGCUUGCUGGGAAGCCUUACAUUGCUCCCGUCUCACCCUGGUUCUCGACACAUUUCGGCGAUGAAGUCUCCUACAGUAAGAAUUGGGUCUUUCCCUCGGACCUCCUCUGGUAUAACCGAUGGAGAGAAAUCCUCGCGACCAAGCCCCGUUUCGUGGAGAUAAUCACCUGGAACGACUAUGGCGAAUCGCACUAUAUUGGUCCCCUGUCAUCACCUCACACAGACGAUGGCUCCUCGAAAUGGGUCAUGGACAUGCCUCACAACGGCUGGCUCGACAUGGCCAAACCCUUUAUUGCCGCGUACAAAGCAGGCUCCGAACUCCCCAUAGACUUCCUGGAAGAAGAAAAAAUAAUCUACUGGUAUCGCCCCACCCCGAAAUCCGCCAACUGCGAUGCAACCGACACCACCAUGCAAAGCGCGAACAAUGCCAGCGGCAAUUUCUUCCGCGGCCGCCCAGAGGGUGCAGACACCAUGCAAGAUGCCGUCUUCGUAGUCACGCAGCUAAAAGAGCCCGCCUCGGUGGAGGUGACGUCGGGCACGAACACCCAGACCUUUCAGGCACCGGCAGGGGUGCGAGCUUGGACGGUGCCCAUGGGGGUGGGCAAGCAGGUAUUCCGUGUGAUGCGGGACGGACAGACUGUGGAGGAUCUGUCUGGGACUAGUCUGCGCGAUAUUUCCGACGAGUGUCCCUGUGGCAUUUACAAUUUCAAUGCUUAUGUUGGGACGCUGCCUGCGGACGCGGAGAUUGAUCGGCUAGCGCCGGAUGGACUGGCCCUGUUGCAGCAGGGAUUGAAGGUCUCUUGUCCAACUAAUACGCUUGGCAAUGCUGAUUCUGGUGUUGGUGCUGGCGCUGGUGCCGGUGCUGGGGGCUCUUCUUUCGGUCCGGUCUGA